AUGUCAUUUAAACGUCCACUCUACGAUGUUCUUGGUGUGCCACAGGACGCCGUCGAGGGGGACAUAUCCCGUGUCUACAGGCGUCUGGCGCUUCAGUAUCACCCAGAUCGUAACCCAAACGGGGAGACAAAGUUCAAGGAGAUUGCAAAUGCCUACAGUGUUUUGGGUGACUCAGAGAAGCGUCGUGUGUAUGAUGCAACUGGCGUUAUUCCUGGAGUUGCGUCUGAGGAAAACAGUGAGGCCACGAUGGCGGAACGCUCUGCGGAAAUGAAGGAGCGGGUACGGAUGUUCUACGCCACGUAUGCAGGGUCACCUGAGGAGACGGAGGAUGUCAUGUCGUGCUACAAUAAGUGUAAAGGGAACUUUCGGCGCAUGGCACGGGAGGAACUUCUCUUUGACAACCGAAAGGAGGAUGAAAUUUGGCGUCUGCGGGAGCUUGUACGUGGUCUCGUGGAAAACGGAUCUUUACAACCGACUGAGGCCUGGAAACUGACGAGUUCCGAAGCGGUGGUUAAACAAGUUAUGCGGGCAUUGAGGAAGGAGCGCAAAGAGGCCGCCGACGCGCUUGACGGUAUGGGCCUUUCCGCUGAGAAGAAUGGAGGUGACUUGCACGCGUUACAGGCGCUGAUGAGGCAAGAUCAGAAGGCGGAGUGGGGCAAGAUGAUGAGCAGUCUGGAGUCCAAGUACUUGCAGCCCAAGGGAGCCACAAAAGGGGCGGUGCAAACUGGCACGAAGAAGAAGCGCAAGGCAGAAGCGACACAACGCGCCACUGUACCACCGCGCAAAAAGGCGCGGAAUUAA